AUGCAUUCAGCCAUCUCAUACCUAAUUCCUCGAAAAAUUAAAAUAUAUUUUGAAGACCGUAAGACCAAGAAGAAGUUGAAGAAGUUGGAUAAGGAGUUGAAGAGAAAGUGGGAAGAAGAUUAUGAGAGUAGAAAGUUGGAGAUUGAGGCUGAGAUGAAAUUUAAAAAGAAGUUGAAGAUGUAG